ACUCAAAACAGCCACAGCAACAGCAAAUAAAAACGUUCCACACACCACAACAACCCACAAAACACCCACAACAACCACUACCCAAAAUCUAAACAAAAGCCAGCAAGAUGUCCAAGCUGUCGUUCAGAGCCCGCCAUUUGGAUCCGUCCAAGCAGAUGCCCAUCUACUUGGCGGAGGAGCUGCCGGACCUGCCCGAGUACUCAGCCAUCAACCGGGCGGUACCGCAGAUGCCCAGUGGCAUGGAGAAGGAGGAAGAGUCGGAACACCAUCUGCAACGCGCUAUAUGCACGGGCCUGAUCAUCCCCACGCCCGAGGUUCUGCAGACGGACCAGCCCUUCUACGAUGCCUACUAUCCGCCGGACUACAAGAUGCCCCGCCAAAUGAUACACAUGCAACCUCUUGGGCUGGAUACCGAGGUCCCUGACUAUGACAUGGACAGUGCCGAUGAGGACUGGCUUAGUCAGCAGCAGCGUCUGGAGCUCACCGAGCUCAAGUUCGAGCAGAUGAUGGACCGGCUGGAAAAGAGCUCCGGCCAAACCGUGGUAACUCUAAACGAGGCCAAGUCCCUGCUCAACCAGGACGACGAGACCAGCAUAUCCGUCUACGACUACUGGCUGAACAAACGCCUCAAAAUGCAACACCCGCUGAUUCUCACGGUGAAAACAGAGAGUCGACCCGGCGCCAGCUCCAACAAUCCGUACUUGGCCUUCCGGCGGCGGACCGAAAAAAUGCAAACCCGCAAGAAUCGGAAGAACGAUGAGGCCUCCUACGAGAAGAUGCUCAAGCUGCGACGUGACCUGCAGCGCGCCACCACUAUACUGGAGAUGGUGCGGCGACGCGAGGAGACGAAGCGGGAUCAUCUAAAGAUGACCGUGAACAUCUUUGAGAAGCGCGUUGAGAUGCGCGACUUCAAUGGUGCUGUCUACUCGGAGCUGAAUUCUCAGUACAAGAACACAAGACCCGCGUAUAAUCCAUUGUAUACGAACCAAUACUCACAAGGGGCGGCGGCGGUGGGAACGGCUGGUGCCAUUCUGGCCGCCCUGCCCACGGGUCUGCUGCCGGGCGGCGUUGGAGCGGCGGGCAAUGCGAAUGUCUACGGCUCAGCGUCGCAGUACCUGAACACGUCGAAUCUGACAAUGGGUAAGGAUGCCAUCAACAGUGGCAGCGGCAACGGGAGCAGCAGUCGCAAGGAGAAGCGACCCUACAAGAAGCGCAAGCACAAACUGCCCCGAGACAAGCAGCAACACCAACAGCAGCCGCCUCAGCAGCACCAACAGCAGCAGCAACAACAGUAUUUGCCGGCGUCUGGAGGCGCCGGGGUAUCGCCCGCGCACCACCUGCCCCACCAUCUGCAUCACCUCAGCAGACAACAGAGUGCCUCGCCGGCAGCCAACGACUCGAUCGCAGACAGCGAGGAGGAGGAUUACUUCGGCACCGGUGCCCAGAAUGGCAACAAAAUGGGCUCCGAGAGCGAGGAGGAGACGUCGUUUGCAUUUAGGCGCAAGUUGAGCUGUAUUUACCUGCCGACUCGACAACGAGAUGGUCGCUAUCCGUGGGACUCAGCCGACGAGGAGAUGGCGCCCAGUGGAGCUGGCUCGGAUGCGAAAUACCGUUACACACUGACCUCCCUCAAUUAUCCAAGGCCACGUUGCAUCGGCUUCGCACGGCGUCGAAUGGGUCGUGGAGGUCGUAUCCUUCUGGACCGGGCCACAACGAAUUUCGACGAUUUCUGGUCGCAACUCGACUAUACGGUGAUGGAAAGUGUUGUUGUCGAUAAAUGUAGCGAUAAACACAAACAGGAGGAUCCAGAACAGUUGAGCAAGCCUAGUUCACCGCCCACGGUGGUAGAUCUGGUUCCCGCCGGAAAAUCUGUCGAGGAUGAUCAGCCAGCUUCAGAUCUGAUCAAGGUGGAACCGCCCAGCGAUAUAGAAAAACCUGCUGCUGGAACUGAAUCUGGUCAGGAGAGCAAAGAACUUGAGCUCGAGGAGCGAUAUGAAAUGGAAGUGGAUGAUGAAUACCCAGCCAGCGACGAUGAGAAUGUGUCACGACUUGGAAUCUACAGCUCGGCAGUAACGUUACCCCAAAAUUGGAUAGAUCUUCGUCAGAAACGUCGCCGCCUGCGUCGCAAGAAGGAACAAAUGCGAGAAUUAAAUGCAGCCAAGCGUCUAAAGAGAUCUUCGGAGGCGGUAGCGAUAGCUGGAGAGGUUCAACUGGAGGAGGAGGACACUAAACCAGCACUGGGUCCACUGCCCAGGUCUUAUCUUCAGCGUUUGGCAUUGGUUUUGGGCCAAAAACUCAAAAAGGAAGAGGAUAAGGAAGUUAGUGAGAAUCUGGCACCAGAGCUGCUGGAUAAUAAUGAUCAGGAGCAGUUGCAACCUCCGCGAGCCAAUCAUCAGCAGCCCAACCACCGUUCCAACAACAACAACAAUACCGUGUUGAACAACAACAAUAGUAAUAGUAAUAACGUUAUGAAUAAGGAUGUUAGCAUUAGCGAAAAAAUCAAUGUGAUAAAGCAGGAGGCGGAGGAGAUCGUUGGUGGCGACGGCGAGGAUCAGCCGGUGGCCUCUACCUCGGCAGCAGCGGCCGCCGCUCGUGCUGUAGAAGCAGCAGCUGCAGCGGAGGCAGCAGCUUCGGCGAGCACGCUUGCGGCAACGAAUCCGGAACCCUCACUAGAGGAUGUGGCCAAGACGAUAAAGCGCGAGCUAAUCGAUGCCGACGAUUCCAACGAGCCUCUAAGCAGCAUUCGCACAGCGGCAGUCCUGCAGUCCACGCAAUCCGUUCCCGAACUCAUGGACGAUGAAGCGGAGGACGAUGUCAAUCUCGCCCAACUGAGCAGCAUCAUCCGUCAUACGGCUGUUAAGAAGGAGCUGGAGGCACAGCAGCAUCAGCAACAGGUUGAGCAUGAACAGAUGCAGGCCGCCAGGCGGAUGGAAGAAGAUGAAGCCACUCCAUGCCUAAACCAGCUGCCGGAUGUGAUUCGUCUGCGAAAUCUGCGCAACAGCCAAAUGCAUACGAGGCCCAAGGACCUAUAUAUCCAACCUCCUGUUGAUGAUGAAUUCAAUGCCGACUACAUGGGUGGACUUUCGCCCACGUCCAGUCAGCGGUUAGACAUCUGCAAUGAACUGCUCUCGGAGAUCCGUCGUGAUUGGCUGCACUUCCGGCCCAAAACACCCACGGAUGAGUUGUCCGAUAGCCAAGAUUACGAAGUGGGUAAGACCUGUGAUAGUCACGUUGUUGGCUGGACCCAGGACACGCCCAUAAGUGUGGAACUUAAUAGGUUAGGCAAGCGAGAAGCGGAGGAAAACGAUUCUUGUUCGUAUUUCCUAAGUAGCGGCUUUAAAUACACGGAUCUCGAGUCGGAUGCCCAGCUGUUGCAGACGGUGCAAACUCAGGACUACGCCCGCGGCAGUAGCAAGAGUCCAAACUGCUCGGGAUCGGGUUCAGGAUCAGCCCUGGAGUUCAACCUGAGUGGCGGUGACUCUCUGAACGAUAUCAACAAUCUGUUGGGUGAUGAUGACGAGGAUAACCACGAACAUAUGCUAGAUAAUAUCCUACAAGAGUGUGCAAUGGAUGAUCCCAAGACAUUGAACCAAGCCACGAGCUUCUGGAAUGGCAUUCUGGAUGGCGAGGCAGCCGUGGACGAAGUGGAAAUUGCUGAUCAGCUGCUGGAUUGUAUAGAUGAAAAGAAACCCAAGGUGGGUGCUGCCGAUUCCUCUAAACGCGCAGGUCGCAACCGCAAACCGAAAUUGGUUCAAAACCCAGUGGGAAGUUCCACGUUUACCGUGUGCCCUACAGCCGAGACUCUCAAGGAGCGUGAGACCUUCUUUAGCCAAGCAUCGCCAGUGAUUGUCACGCCGAAAGAGGAACCGCCGGCGGAAGUUGAGCAGCCAGAAGUGGUGCCCAAAGAAGUAGCGGUGUUGCCUGUGAAGGUUGAGGCUGUUGAGAAGCCCCAGGCGGAAGUUGUUCCUGUAGUCCCACAGGCGCAACCUGCGCAACCACAAGCUAUUGCUCUGCCCACAACGCAGCUAAUUAACAUACCCGCCCAGAUAACCACGCAGAAGCAGCAACAACAGCCACAGGUGACGCAAUUGCUUAAUCAAUUUGCCAACGCUGGACCGCAGAUCAUCGCACGCACGGAAUAUGGCGGAGGAGCAGCCGUUGGCGAUAUUGUGACUAUCACUCCCCAUACGGGAAGCAGUCCGCUGCCAACACUCACCGCUCAGCAGCAGUUGCAGCAUCAGCUGGCUCAGGCUCAACUACGGAACGUGACCGUCCAACAGCGACAGGCGACACCUCAAACCACCAAUCAGAAUCAGAAUCCCCAACAGCAGUUGCUCUUCCAGAUGCAGCGGGAUCCCUCGCGUUCCCUGACGCCGCUGCAAGCUGCCGGCGCUGGCGCCACGGGCAACCAUUUGAUUUACACAACCAGCUGCGGUGAGAUUGUCACAGCAGCAGCUGCGGCGGCAGCCUCCCAAAAGGUUACAUAUGCCAUCCAAAAAUCGGGAGUAACAAGUGGAGGAGCAACUACUGCUUCGAUUGGACCCAACACGGUCAUCACUCUCUCUAAUGUGAAGGUGCAGAAUGAUGAUAUCUCCUCGGGUGGCAGUGGAAACUCAGGAUCUAGUGUGAACAUCAUCAACACUGCCAAUGUCCAGCAGCUAGCUGUGCACAGCAUUGCCGGAAUGCAGCAACAGGGUCAACAGCAGGUUCAACAGGUGACCACCAGUACGCCCUUACUUGUCGCCACGCCCACCCGUAACAAUGUCCAGCAGCAACAGCAACAGCUGGUGCAGCAGCAACCGAUUGUGUGGCGUCAGGUGAGCGGUACAAACACGGCAGUGGCGACAACAGCCGUGCUCUCAACUACGGUGGACUCGUCGCCGAAGGCGGUAACCAAUCAAAUCCUCUGGACCAGCAGGGCCACUCAAAAACGGCAGCUCAACGGACCGGAGAAUACAGACAUUAACAAACUCCUGCUCAAUCGAAAGUUGCCGCGCAAGCAACAUAUACAGCAACAGCACCAGCAAAUCCAACUGACGAAACAGCAACUCCAGCAAUUGGUGCAGCAUGAAGAAAUAGAUGAACUGGUGGGCACGUCGACGGGCAACAGCGGCGAUCAGAUGGACACGAGCGACGGUCAACAACAACAACAGCAGCAGCAGCAGCAACAUCAGUUGCAGCAGAAGCUUAGCAAGGUGAUCAAGAUGUCACAGUUUCCUCUGCUCGUGACAGAUGUGAAUCUUCAGCAGCAACAGUCGGUGUCUGGUCAAAACCAGCAGCAGCAAUUGAAGCCGAACUCUGCGGCAGCGAUAGCAGCUAAUCAUAACUACAGUUUGCACCCUGCCUCAACGGCAAUCAUCACUGCACAGGCGACACCUCAGCAGGCAAACAAGAUCUUCCUGACAAGCAGCAAUAGCGGAGGCGGCGGAACAACUGGCAACUUUACCAUCGCUACAGCAAGCGAACUGCAAGCUGCGGCAGCCACUCAAAAGAUCCAUUACAAGGAGCUGCCCAACUCCAACCUAAAGCUGAAUUUUGUGAGCAGUGCCGGUGGGGGUGAACAAGGGCAACAGGUGGGGACUACAACGGUGCUACUGAACAAAUCCCAACAACAUCAGCAACAACAACAGCAGCAUCAGAAGCUAAAAACGCUGACCACUACGGGUAAUUCACAAACUGGACAGGGAGACAAGCGCGUGCUGUAUACCAGCCUGCUAAAUGUGAAACCGCUACAGAAGAACAACAGUGGUCAGAUGCAGAUGCAACUUGGUCCGGGUGGAUUACAGCAAGUGCUCCGUGGACGCCUUAACAAUUCGGCCAUCAUAACAAGGACUCUGCCGUUGGGAACCACUGUGAAUAGUACAGGUGGUGCUGUUGGACCGACCACUACCACCAUCAGGCAAUUGGUUACCACAAAUGCGAACAAUGUGAGCACACAGGAUGGAAACCUGAUGAGUGCCAAGGAAGUAGGCAAAGCCCUAACCGUAGAACAGGUGAUAGCCAGUGCCAACAAUGGAGGAGUGGUGCUGCCCACGAGCAACAACAACAACAAUAACAACAAUGGAAGUGGAGCGGGAGGAAAUGGAGGAACUUUGAGUGUGAAUGCCACUGGAGCGGGCAGCGGCGGAGGAGGAGCAGGUGCCGCCAGUACAGGAGCCGGGGGAGCUGGUGUGACGUCCACCAUCAAUAGAUGAGACGCGUGCGGCAGCGGCUGCAGCAGCUAACAUCGAGUGCAACCCUUGCAACUGCCCAGCGGUACUUCGCUCAGUCUGGCAUCGUCGCAAACGGAGGCGGAAACCCAGGCGUUGGCCACAUCCCUGCCUCUGGUGGACUGCCCAGUGGCUGUGGGCCAACUCCUGCAGCAGGCCCACUGCUGCUGCACCCUCUGUUUGGUUAACAAAAGCGAGCUGGUCUGAAGCCAAACAGUUAGUAGGUUUUUCAGAAUUUCAUAUGCAAACAUCCAGGCAGACAAACCGAAAAAAACCCUUCCAACUAUUUGGUGUGACUACAAAAAGAUUUCCUAAAAAAGCUUUUCAUAAUCUGUAGCAGCAAACAGACAACAGCCAGCAUCUAGAAGAUCUGUUAGCCAGAAUAGAAAGGGCCAAGAGAGAGAGUUAAAAAGUGGGAUGAUAAGAAUAAAGUGUAUAAAUGAAAGCCACCAUUAACAAAGUUCGCUUAAUUUGAUUUUCUAUAGCCUAUAUAUAGAAGCAUAUGUGUGUAUAACGAUUUAGGUCUUAUUUUUCAAGAUCGCCUAACCCUAAAAACAUAAUAAGAAUUAAAUUAAUAAAACAAAUAUAUAUAUAUAUAUGUACAAUGUAUAUGGAAAUGCAUGCCGAGAACUUGGCUCUUUCUCUUGGGCUAGAGAUCGAUCCCACAUCCAAUCCGAGCUCCAUCCUCCUCAAAUCCACCUUCCUGUCCAAUACCAACAACAACAACAACAACAAAAACAACCACAGCAAAAACUCAAGUGUUAAAUAGCAAACUGUAAAUAUUCGAUAAUAAUUGCAAAACACACAAAAUAACAGCAAGAAUUAAUGAUUAAUGAAACUAUGUUUAGUGAUACGAAUAGUUGUAACGAUGGAGAAGAGACCACUUCUCUCCGGCAUAUGCCGUUUCAGAACCACGCGCUUUAGCCGGGCUGCUUGACCGAUGAACCACUGUCCCCCUGCCCAGCACCAAAUCUCCAUCCCAAAACUUUGGGGCGUGGCAAAUACGGGAGCAGCCCGUAGAAACAAAAACAAAACAAAAGUAAAAAUUAACAAAAAACACAUUUUUCAAUGUACGUAAAUUAAAUUAACUUAUCCUGUAACUUAAACGAAAAACACAUUAAACUAUAUUUAGUUUUUUUAACUAAGGAAUGCAACUUCAGAGGCAACAAAUUGUGAGGUCGAGAGAUAUAUGUAGGGAGUUGCAGAAGAACACUAUUAUUGUAUGCUAUUAUUAUUAUUAUUUUUGUACAAGGUAAUAAUUUUAAUUGUAUUCGUAAUUGCAAAAAGGAAAGUAAUGCUUAUGCAGCGAUGGCAACAGCUACAACGGCAUAAUAAUAAUAAUAAUAAUAAAGAUAUAAUAUAAACUAUAUAAUGAUAACGAUAAUAUUUUAAAACCCAAAACAAAACCGAGUAAAACAAAACGAAAAAAACAAAAAUAUUUAAACAAUAAUUAUGUAGCAAUGUAAUUUCGUAGCUUGUAAAUUGUAGAUUGGUAAGAGCGUAAGCAAGAGCGAUAAUAAAAUGGAAAACAAAUUGCAAACUUAAA